UAUAAUUGAUCUGAAAACAUAUGUAUGGUUUGUAACAUAUUGAUAUCAAUGAAAAGCUGUGGUCAACAAUCUCCCCCUUUGGCAUUGGUGUCAAAAUCAAAACUAUGACCAAAUACAUCUGCAAAACUCAGAUGAACUGUGACUGAUAAGAAACAAUCGUCAACACCUAUAUAGAAACACUGAACACAUUAACACCUUUGUUGAAAAAAUUUCGUUGCGCCAAAAGCUCAAACUAUCAAUGCCCGAUACAAAUGUCAGAUUUAACCUGACCCACGAGAGGCAGUUAAGCCAUGUCACGAGCCCCCAAGGAGGUGCUGACCACCAAGUCAACAAUCUCCCCUUUAGCACCGAUUGAGCCUUCAACACCCCCUAGAGGGAGACUCGAACCCGUGACCAAAGACUCUGAUACGAAUUGUUGGAAUCGUUUGCCGUUGCACUAAAAGCUUGAACUAUCAACAGCCGAUACAAACACUAGAUUUAACCCGACCCACGAGAGGUGGUUAAGCCAUGUCACAAGUCCCCAAGGAGAUGCUGACCACCAAGUCAAUACAUUUCUUGUCUAAAUACUACCAUAGAGGAAAGAUAAAGGGCGUCACUUUCUUGAAAAUUUACCUAGAUUCUUUGCAUUCAAGCAUGGAGUACUUGAGGGCUAGAAGAAGAAAAGUAUUAAUGUCUUCCUUCAACCCGAGUCCAUUUUUAAGGAUAGAAUUUCUGGAAUUAUCUCACGAUUCUCACCAAGGAAAGGAUCCCUACAUGUCAAUGGGUCAUGGCCUUUUAUUAGCUGGGCUUUACCAUCACACACAUUUGUAGUCAAAUAGUGACAAUGUAUUAUGUUGUUACAUGUUCAAUAAAAAAUUGUGUGAUUUUUGAAAAUUGUGUUGAAAGCAUACGGUCCAUUGAUAACAACACACUAUAUAUAAAGUAGGUGCCUUGUUAACUUUUUGAACUGGUCUGCAGUCAAUGCACUUUUGAACUGCACACGUGUGAGAUUUAAGUUGGGCAUCUUUGUUCAGGGCUUUUUUUCAAAAUAAUUACCCAACCCACCACCAACUUCUAUCACCACUAACUAAGCACUGCCAUCAUAAAAUGCAAUGAGAAUACAGCUUCCAUAUAUAUCUUCAACAGCUGCCAACAAGCUAGAAUCGUCUUCGACCUCUGAACCAAUAACAUAUUAUUAGCAAACACCAUGCUAUGAGCCAUUGGCCUUUAAAAUGGUCUGAUGUAUCAGAACUUGUACAAAGAAUCCUUCCAUCUAUUCUGGUUUGCCCUUAAAGGGACCAAGCUACCUAUGUGAUUCAUGCACAAGAUGAACAAAAAGUCCUUAUAUUAAACUUCAUGGUUAAGCUUAUUACAUACUUCUGGAUUUGAUUUUAUGUGCUUUAAAUUGAAUGUAACAUACGGGCAGGGUAAUUGAAUUGUAACCUUUUUCUUGAUUUUGCAUCUGUGAGUCUCGUUGUGUUUUUGUUUUCAUAUACAGGCACUAGGUUGCAUUUGUUUCAACUUCUGCUCACUCUCUAAAAACUUAAAAAUUUAAGCCGUGCCACAGUUUCACCGUUUCUUAUGAAUACACUACAAGUACAAUCUAUCAUACGCUCCCAACAGUCUUUCAGAUGAAAAUUCAACAUAGUAAAAUAUUUGUUGAUUCUGUUCACACAGAAUGUUUUGAAAUUCAAAUUGGACUUUAUUUUUUGUAUGCACAAGCAGUCUAUUUUGUACACAUCACACUUCCAUUGGAGGUUGAACUAUGUAUAAAAUUUGAUAUGUACAUGAAACUACUAAAAAUGUCCCGAGGAGCUCCAAAUUUGAUAUGGAACAAGGAUGAUUGAGCUUUAGUUGGUAUCUACUUAAGACGGUAAUUUAAACUGACAGAAUGAAUUAUUGCAGUACAGCUGAGAAAAAUGGGAUAGCAUGGAGAGACAUGGCAAAGGAGAUUCUAGCUUCAGAAUGUUACAAGGAGAAGGAUGCCGUCGAGAAUCCAUCUGUCAUUUACCCAGAAUAUUAUCUGAAGCCAUUCCACGCAUACACGCAAGGCAACUUAUCUUGGGAGGCAGCAGCAGAGGUAGAAGCGGCAACCAUGUCUGUAUGUAGGCGUGCAAUACCAUCUGCUGCAUCUCUAGAGGAGGCAACUAAAGUUAUGCGAGGAAACUGGCUUCAGGCAAUUGAAGAUCAUCAUAAUCAAAAUUCAGGUGGCCUUGCUGUAUCUGACAUUCUAGAUAUUGGCUGCUCAUGUGGAGUCAGUACAAGGUUUCUAGCAGAUAAAUUUCCUUGUGCUAAUGUUACAGGACUGGAUCUUUCUCCAUACUUCCUUGCGGUUGCUGAAUACAAGGAAAAAUUAAGACCUUCAAGAGCUAAACCCAUCAAGUGGCUUCAUGCAAAUGGUGAAGAAACUGGUCUGCUUUCUUCGACGUUUGACAUCAUUUCUCUUGCCUUUGUGAUCCAUGAGUGCCCCCAAUAUGCAAUUAGAGGUUUGCUUAAGGAAGCUUACCGACUUCUUAGGCCUGGAGGCACUGUGGCCCUCACAGACAACUCGCCCAAAUCUAAGGUCAUACAGAAUCUAUCACCUGUACUUUUUACUUUGAUGAAAAGCACAGAGCCCCAUUUAGAUGAAUACUACUUAUUGGACUUGGAGAAGGCAAUGCAGGAAACUGGUUUUGUGAAUGUUCGGUCUAUUCUUACAGACCCAAGACACAGAACAGUAACAGGUUCUAUACCCAGGCUAUAAUAAUCCAAUUCUUUUGUUCUCUUUUCCAUGCUAAAAUAACAAAACACAGCUGUUGAGAGAACAGUUUGCCCUAACAAUAUUCUUUUGUACAUUACCAAUUCAUCUUGAAUGGUUCUUCGUUCACAGCUUGCAAGAAUUGCUACUUGUGAAUAAGCAUACUUUUGUUAAAAAGACAAAGUGUUUUAUUGUAAAGCACAUUAAUUUUCAAUUCCACAACUUUUUUUUUUAUGUAGUCUAUUGAGUAAAUAUCACUAAGAGGUUCAACAUCCAGUUUGGAUUA